UAUACGGUGGUCUUGUCGCUCUCCUCCUGAGGCGUCCUUCGCCCAUCCGCGCAGCCAACGAGAGCGCCAUGCGGACGAGGAGAGGCGUCUGCUACCCCAGGCCGCAGUGGAGAGCCGAGGAGCCGGAGGAGGAGGAGGAGGAGGGUAGGAGAAGGAAGAGGUCCCGGCGGGUCCCUGCCGGAGGAGCAGCGGCGGACGAACCCGCGAGGAUGAUGGCCUCUGAGGGCGUCGCUGGGGAGAUGCCAGACUUCUUCGACUCCCUCCCUGACGAACUCGUCGUCUCCAUCCUCUGCAAGCUGAGCGCCUCGGCCGCUCGCCCCGCUGACCUCGUUGGCGUCCGGAUAACAUGCAAGAGGCUGAACGAAUUGGGAUCCGAUCCCCUGGCUCUUGCCAUGGCGUCCAUGAAAUCGCUCGCGGUUAGGGCCAAGAACUGGUCGGAGUCGGCACACGAGUUCUUGAAGCAGUGCGCCGACGCCGGAAAUCUGGAGGCCUGUUACAUCCUCGGCAUGAUCCGUUUCUACUGCCUGCAGAACCGGGGGAGCGGUGCGUCGCUGAUGGCGCGGGCGGCGAUGGGCUCCCACGCCGCGGCGCUGUACUCGCUGGCGGUCAUCCAGUUCAAUGGCAGUGGAGGCUCCAAGGACGACAAGGACCUCCGCGCCGGGGUCGCCCUGUGCGCCCGCGCGGCCGUCCUCGGCCACGUCGACGCGCUCCGGGAGCUCGGCCACUGUCUACAGGACGGCUACGGCGUCCGCCGGAAUGUCGCAGAGGGCCGGCGCUUCCUCAUACAGGCCAACGCCCGGGAGCUCGCCGCCGUCCUCAACUCCUCCCCUGCCUGGAAACGCCACGGCGACGCGCUGGCCUCCGGCUGCUCCCUCCUGAGCGACUUCGGCUGCAACGUGCCGGCGCCCGAGGCCCACCCGGCCAACCGGUUCAUGGCGGAGUGGUUCGCGGCAAGGGGCGCCAGCGGGUGGCCGAGGGAGGAUGGCCUCCGCCUCUGCUCACACAUCGGCUGCGGCCGGCGGGAGAUGAGGCGGCACGAGUUCCGGCGCUGCUCUGUCUGCGGCGUCGUCAACUACUGCUCGCGGGCGUGCCAGGCGCUCCACUGGAAGCUAGCGCACAAGGCCGAGUGCGCUCCCAUGGAUCGAUGGCUCGAUGCCGCCGCCGCGGCCGGAGCCCCACCGGAGGUUGGUGGCGGUGAGAUGAUGAUGAUGAUGAUGUUGAAUUGAGAGGUAGUCCUUUUUUUCUCCUUUUCUUUUCUGGUUUUUUUUUUU